AUGGCCCCAGUUCGAGCUCUCCCCCCCCCCGGCGACGCCGUAUCCGCCGUCGCAUUCGCGCCAGCCGACUCGGGCAAGCUGCUCGUCUCGUCGUGGGACAAGAAAGUGUACUGCUACAACGUCGCCAACGACCACCCGUCGACGUCGGCCGGCCACCUGGCGCGCGAGUACGAGCACCGAGCCCCCGUGCUCGAUGUCUGCUUCGGCGCCAGCAGCAGCGAAGCCUUUACCGCCGGCAUGGACUGGACUGUCUGCAGACUGAACCUCGAGACGGGCGUCCAAACCGUGCUGAGCAAGCACGCCGCCCCUGUGCGCCGCGUCGUCUACAGCAAGCACCACAAUAUCCUCGUAUCCGCCUCUUGGGACUGCACCCUGAACCUGCACGACCUCUCGUCGCCCACGUCGGCGCCGAUCCGGGUCGCCCUCCCCGCCAAGCCGCACGCCGUGUCCGCCAGCCCCACAAAGGUGGUCGUCGCAAUGACCGGCCGCAUCAUCCACAUCUACGACCUGGACGCCAUGGCCCGCCUCUUCGCCUCGGGGGCCACCGACCUCAAGCCCUGGCAGCAGCGGGAGUCGUCGCUCCGCUACCUGACGCGCGCCGUGGCCUGCAUGCCCAACGAUGCCGGGUACGCGACCUCCAGCAUCGAGGGGCGGGUCGCGGUGGAAUGGUUCGAGGACACGGCCGAGUCGCAGGCCCGCAAGUAUGCCUUCAAGUGCCACCGGCAGCCGGCCCCGGAUGGCGACGGCGACGUCGUGUACCCGGUCAAUGCGCUGGCUUUCCAUCCGGUUCACGGGACGUUUGCGUCUGGCGGUGGCGACGGGACGGUCGCCCUGUGGGAUGCCGAGGCCAAGAGGCGGCUGAAGCAGUACCAAAAGUUCUCCAACAGUGUCGCGGCCCUGGCGUUUUCCGAUGACGGGAAAUACCUGGCUGUCGGGGUGUGUCCCGGCUUCGAGACGGGCCAAGAGGACUACUCCGGGGCCGGCGCAACCUCGGUUCUGAUCAGGGAGUUGGGCGAGAACGAAGCAAAGGGCAAAGGAGCCAAGUAG